GGCAAAGCCUAGCACUGGUGGGUAUUGUGUCAAUGUUUGUCAGGAUGGAUCUUUUCCAAGGUGUGUUAGUGUUGGUUGUGAUUGUGGCAUUUGACUUGAGGAGUGCAUGGGGAAGUUUGAGACACAGUCAAAGUCCAAGCAGCAUGAAGCCGCAAUCAGGUCCAGCUUCCAGAGUUCCUGCUGUUUCUUCUCAAGGGGUCUUGAAUCCUUUGCAAAAGGCUUCUCAGUUUCAGAGUCUGGACUCCAGAAGAUUUGCACAAGAGCCUUUUGGUUUUCAGGAGAAGCAGCUGUUGCAGGGUCCAGUCAAGCCUUUGGACUGGAGGUUUCCCAUCGUUCCAGAGGUGCAAAGUGAGUUGGCAGUGGACUUCCAGUUGAGGCAACCCGUGACUCCCAGUAGUGUGGCUGUUCAAUGCGGUGAGAACCGGGUUCUUGUGGAGGUAAAGAAGGAUUUGUUUAGCAAUGGCCAACUGAUCCAGCCAUCUGGUUUGUCUAUGGGAGGCUGUCCUGUUGUUGGUGAGGACUCUGCCUCUAGGGUGCUCAUCUUUGAAUAUGAACUACAGGACUGCAAUAGUGUGCUGAUGAUGACUGAGGAUGAACUUGUCUACACCUUUGCUCUUACCUACACUCCUGAGGCGUUUGCUGGAACUCCGAUUACACGUGCCGAUCAUGCGGUUGUUAGCGUUCAAUGCCACUAUCAAAGGUAAGUGACCGGCA